AUGUAUAUAUAUAAAAAAUAUAUAUCAGUGAUGAAAAUUGAUGUCUCCUUCUUAUCCCAUUUAAAUCGCUGACCUUCCUCUUCCUAUUCCCAUCUCUAUUCAUUUUUCAUUUUUAUUCAUCAAAAAAAAAAAAAAACUCAUAUACUCUUUCUCUCUCUGUCUAAUUUUCUUAUAUUGUAUCAUCAUCAUCAUCGCUAUUAUAAUACAUAUAGAUCGAUCAUAUAUAUAUAUAUAUAUGGGUCGGUCACCAUGCUGCGACAAAGUGGGAUUGAAGAAAGGGCCAUGGACACCUGAAGAAGACCAAAAGCUCUUGGCUUAUAUCGAACAACAUGGCCAUGGAAGUUGGCGAGCUUUACCCGCUAAAGCAGGGCUUCAAAGAUGUGGAAAGAGUUGUAGACUAAGAUGGACUAAUUAUUUAAGACCUGAUAUAAAGAGAGGCAAGUUCAGUUUGCAAGAAGAACAAACCAUUAUUCAACUCCAUGCUUUACUAGGCAACAGGUGGUCGGCUAUAGCAACUCAUUUGGCAAAAAGAACAGAUAAUGAAAUAAAGAAUUAUUGGAACACACAUCUAAAGAAACGUUUAGCCAAAAUGGGAAUUGACCCAAUUACCCACAAACCAAAGAACGACAAUCUUCUCUCUCAACAAGACGGUGGUCAAUCCAAGAACGCCGCUAACUUAAGCCACAUGGCUCAGUGGGAAAGCGCUCGGCUCGAAGCCGAAGCUCGGCUCGUUAGAGAGUCCAAGCUUCGUACCACUACCAACAACAAUAUCAUUCAUCAUCAUAAUCAUUUCUUCCUUCAUCAUAAUCUCAUCAACAACAACACUACCAUCGGCUCGGCUUCAGCUUCAUCAGCUUCGGCUUCAACUCACCUUAUUGACAAAACGACGUCGUCUUCCCAUGUGUUUAUUGAGUCUGCCACGUGGAACAAUACUAGUGGUGGUGGUGGUGGGGUCCGCAGUGACCUUGAGUCACCCACAUCUACAUUAACAUUUUCUGAGAACGCGCCGCCGUCCAUGGCUGCCGGAGAUACUACUACCGCCACCGCCUCGGAGAGUAAUGGUGAGAUCUUUAAAGAAGAAUAUUUGGGAGAACAAAAUUGGAAAGGUAAUAAUAAUAAUAAAAAUUGUGAAGAAGAGGAAGAUGAAGAUGGGUUAGAUGAUAAUAAUAAUUCAUUAAUGUUGUCAUUUAAUAUUAAUGGAGAUCAUCAAGGCUUUACUAGUCUUUUGCUUAAUAAUAAUAUCUCCGAGGAGCCUAGCUGUUCCGGUGGCGGUGGCGCCGAAAAUGGUAGUGGUGGUGGUGGAAGUGGAAGUAGUGAACAUAAUAAUUAUGGAGAUAAUGAGAAUUAUUGGAAUAGUAUUCUCAAUUUGGUGAAUUCUUCUCCAUCAGAUUCUCCUAUGUUCUAAUAUUUAAGUAUGUAGUAGCUAUAUUAUAAGAACCCUAGUUAAAUUAAAGAACACUUUUUCUUUGUUUAAUUUUAAUUUUAAUGUUAAUUAUUAUAUUGUGAUUAA